AUGUACCCUUUCAACCGGACGUCUUCUUUACGAGUAGAAGAAUCUGCGGCAGAGACUCCUCUGGCUGAACAGAAGUGCUUCGAGAAAGACGACGACCCCGAGAAGACCAUCUUCGCCAGCAUUCUGGAGCUGUCCAGAACUCGCGAUUCCUGGACCCGGGCUCUUUCGUCUGGCCGUCGACAGACCAUCUUCGAGUGUUCCUGGCGGUUUGCUUCCUAUUUUCUUUUCUUUUUUACGCUGUUCGUCGAGCAUAACUUCGUUUGCGUUAGUGUAGGAAGUACCUCCCAUCUGGAGAGAAAAAAGUCCGAAAAGAGUUUCUGAGUUUUUGGGCAAAGAGUGGCAUUUCUUGAAGUAUGAACUAAACAGGAAGUUUUCUAAAAAAAACUAAUUCUCUGUUAACCUCCGCACUAAAAGAUGUUCAUGAGAGUUUUUUUUUCUUUCUCGAGUGAGUAAUUGAAUUCAUUGUAUUAUUUUACUCAUAUCUUUUUUUGUUUUUUGAAAAAAUAUAACUCAAUCUGUAGCAAACAUAAAUUCUACUCGCCAUCAUUCAACACUUUUUAUAGUCCUGCGGAUUGUGUGUCUGUUUUAAUGUGUAUUUUCGGAAGUAUCACUUUUUCAGCUAUAUUGUGAAACUUUGUUAUUCAUUAAAUCCCGAAAAAAGAAAAUAAAGGUUUCCGUCUUCAGGAAACUUCCGAAAAAUAUCCCUCUACUUGAUGAGCCUCGACAAAAAAACUAACGUAUCUGCGCUCUCUGUGAUCUUAUCCUUACUGUUUUAAAAUCAUUUUUAAAAUAUAGGUGAAAUCUCCAAUUAACAGAAAAACAUGCGUCUCCUCAACUCUGUCGCUUUUUGUGUCAAAGCAAGUCGAAUCUCGAUUUUCCCAUGCAAGACGCAGCGGUGGACGCCCUCAGGCAUUUUCGGCACAUCAGCCGCCAAAAAGAGAAGCCCUUAAUUGGGGCGGCGCCUGCUCGAACUCGUGUUCUUGCAGCUUUCAACCGAAGACUACCUUCUUCCUAGUCGUCAUUCAAGCCGAUCAAAAUUCUCAUCAUACAUCUUUUCCCCGCGCAGACUCUUCAAUAUUUGGCCAUUCAACUUUUUUUUUUGGUAAAACUAGGAAUUUCAAAUGUAAACAAGACUAUGUGGUUUUCCUUCCAUUUGUUUAAAAUUUCGUUCUUCCGAUUCCGGUCCAAAACAAAAAAAAACAAUGCUGCGCUGUUUUUUGUCGUUUCGGCUGAAUAUUUCAUCUGAGAAAUAAUUCACGAACUCUGCACAUGCAUGCAACUUCACUUUUCGGAAACACUUUUCUCCUUUUCUCGAAAGCUUUGUUUGAAACUUUGACUUUUUUAUUCUCUUGUCUUUACUCUAAUAUUGCUCGGUAGAGAUUUUGCAGCUGUCGUAUGGACAUGAUUUAAUGCCUAGAAAUAGAUUUUCGAAAAUAACGAGCCUCAAGAGAUUACUGCCAUUGUGAUGCUUUUUUGGGUGGGCAGGUGUUUUGACGUCAAACUAUUUGGGUACUGUAACUGUACUCUGGAGAAAAAAGUUGUUUUUGCUGUUCGAGCUGCAUUGUUCAAAGCCCGAGGGUCUUUUGGAAAACGGACCGUUGUUUUCCAACGACUUCACUAAGAAUUGGGCAAAGACUUGAAAGAUGAGGCGCGGUCAUGACCUGCCAGGCGAAUUCCCAAAGGUUCCAGGAGAACCGACAUCUUCAAGGUGCUUUGUUUGGCCGCUCCUUCUCGACCUCCUUUCCUAGUCUCAUUUCCAACACUACUUCAUGCCAUACUUCCCAAAGAGGACAUCUUUUGAUGAGAAUAAUUUCAAAAAUGUGUUCAAAUUCUCAUCCAUUUUGAAUACCUCAAUGAAAAAGUAAUUAAUUAACAAAGAGCUCCCAAAUUUCUCUCACGUAUAAAUACUUUGAAAUUCUUUGAAGCUCUUACGUUCACUAAUUUUUUUGUGAAGCCGGCUGGGAGCUUUCUUGUUUCCGGUCUCUUUUUUUUCUCGUCUUUGGAAGAAAUCUGAAUCGGAAACCAAGUAUGGAGAGCGGAAGCAUCAUCUUCUUGACGAAUUUAUUUCUUCUUUUUUCGAAUUGAGUCUUUGGUUCGACUUCACAAAAGUGGGGACGCAAACGAAAGUUUAAUAAAAGGACACUUAUCUUCAUCACUCUUUCACUGAUAGAUCCAAGCUUUUAGUUUUAACAUGCUUUUUUUCCUAUUAUUACUUUUUUUGACGUUUCGGAACAAGACUGUACACAAAAAAAGUCCUCCAGGGAAAAAUCUGAUAUUGUCCUGUAGCAGAAAAAAAGAAAAUUUCUAGCCCUUUUUUUCGCCUCUAUGAUCUCACGAAAGUAAAUUCAGGUUCUCUCAGAUCAAAAGUUUAGAAGCUUUUUUUAUGUUUUUUUACAAGAAAAUUCUCUUUCAAAAAGCCUCCUUCAAAAAUUUUUUUGAAAAAAAAUUAAUGUCAUCAAACUUUUUUUCUUUCUUAAAAUAUAAUGUCUAAAAAAGCUGCGAAAUAAAGCAAUUUGUCCGAAAGCCUUGUCUUGUCCCAAAUGUGGCUAUUCCGAUGGCGCGGGCGGAACGAGGAAAAGACGGUAGUAUGCCAAAAUUACCACUUGAACCCGAAAUGUGCUUCUUCACAAGGAUUACCCACUAUUUUCUCUUUGUUUGCUUCUUCCUCUCUGCUUCUGGGACAAAAAAAAAUAAGAACCAAAGGCGCCAAAACACGGACAAUUUCCGUUGGGAGCCACGAGAUGUUGUUUGAAAUUACCUCAUGAAGAUGCUUAAUUAAUUUUCUCAACGCGAUUGUCUCCGUUCGUUGAUAUCCUAAAGCUCUCACUUUUUGGAGCUUUUGUUCGGCUUCAAGUCCGGCUGAUGCUCCUGCGACGACCGUCGGGCCUGUUGGACGUCGAAGAAGGCGAGCAACUAGAAGUAGAACAUCGACUCCUCGAGGAACAGUCUAGGUCUUCAAACUAGUUUUCUACUCAAGAGUUACUCGUAAAAAAGGCAAUAACUCUACGAGACGAAAUUCAUCAUAUUUCGUUGCUCUGUUAAUUGACGUAGUGAGACGUUUCAGCGGAGUGCACUGCGUCUCAAAUUCGUUCCGCCCGCUUUUGCUGUUUUUCCGGCUGCUUGCCAUCUUUCCCACCAGGCUCGAUGGAAAAGCUCAGAGGAAAACUGGCGUCACUUCAUAUCUUGUACUCGAAAAAAAAAGAAGAACAUUGUUAUCAAUAUUUUUGCAGAAAUACUUUUUUUUUCUCAACUUUUGCGUUUUGGCGGUGCUCCUCAAUUCAUAUCUUGUCAACAUUAAUCUUUGGCUUAUCGCCAACUAUGAGGUUUGAAGUAAAAUCAAGUUUUUUUUGAUCGGAAGAAUUGAUCUGAAGGUACUUUGGUACGUUUGAGAGUUCAAUCGGAUUUACCUGAGCACAGAAAAAAGUUUAAAAGUCUCAAUUAAUCCCAAUAUAGGAACGGCACACGAUGAUGAAUGCCUUUUGGUGGCUUUUUUUUGAAGCUCAAGAUCUCUAUUGAAUUAUAGAAAUUUAGCUUUUUAGUGAUUUUAACCAGAGUAAACGAAUAAUUUUCGACGUCAGUUCUUAUAUUCGAACAAAUCAGAACAAGUUCGGACUUAUGCACGCGGCGACGGUGUCGUGCAUGAUAACUGGCACGAAACCAGUUAUUAACACUUUCGUCAUCAUUUUUUCCGUGCUCAAGUUCCGCUCUCAUGAACGUCUUCUAAAGGUUCGGCAGGUUUUCUUCUUCUGGAAUAAUACUUUUGUUCACAGACGGUCGACAUGGUCGAUGUGUGCUUCCGAAGCGCUUUCCACAUUGUUCCGCCACUAAAAAUGUACAAAAUCGUCUUUUUCUUCACCAUUUGUGCUGUCGUUGGUAUCACAUUUGCUCUAAAAGUCGUCGAGUUUAUCUCAACCGAACAAAGGUUCACGUUUUUCUAUACACUUUUUGGAAAGAAAUUCGAGAGAAAACAUGAGAUGAAAACCUGAGUUUUUGGCAAAAUUUUCAAAAAUGAACAACAAGACUGUGUAAAAUCUUCAAUCGAAGUGGUCGCCCUCAUUCUGAGGCUUCCACCCAGAGCACGGGCUCCCGCACAACAUCCGCUGUUGUCUGAGCUUGUCAAGGCGUAACUGAAUGAACUACGCGCAGAAAACGAGGCAAAGGACCGUAAGACCAUGCUUUCAACUUGAUCAAAUACACGGUUGGACUUCUAGUUCGCCAAGGCGGUUGUUCGUUAUAACUCUGAAAGUUCUUGUUCACCGUCUAGUCGAUCACUUCUCUGACUAAAACAACAAAACGAGUGAUUUGAAAUGAUUUGAUGAGUAUUUGUGCAGCCUCGGCAACAACCUGCUCAUGGAUUCGUCUUUCAUAAUCGUGCCUUUGCUGUCCCUCUGGAACAUCAUUCCGCUAUUAUAUUAUCACCUCUACAACCACCUCAUUCGCUUUUACUGCAAGUCCGUUCACCUUUGGAAAAGUGGUUAUAUUAAAAUAUUCAGCACUUUGAUAAAUUCGCUCAAUAUGGAGCAUAAGAAGCGACAUUUCAGCCUCAAAUUUUACUAUGAGCAGUUUUUACGCAUCACUAAUGUUCAGGUUUGCUGGUUUAAAAUUUUUUGAUGAUCCGAAAAGUUCAGGAGGCCGUUGGGAAUCUUUUUAAUCCAUUUUUGCUCUUUUCUCUGGCGUGGUCCUUGCUUGUACUCUGCCUCACUAUUUACUUUUUGACACAACCGCAUUCCAGGUACAGUUUGAACUUUUGCAACUCAGAGUCCAGAUCUUUCAUCUUUUUUUACAGUCUGAUGGUGCCGAUAGCUGCGGAGCAGAUUACGAACCCCCGAACUCGUUACCUUCUGACCCGUAGCGUCCAUUUCUUCAUCUGCUGGGCGGCCAUUCAAAUCGUCACCGCCGUCCUUCACAUUGUUGUCAUUUGCUCCACUGGAAUGAAGACCAACGAAACUGUAACUUUCAAUCAAUUUCUCGAGAAAAAGCAACUGAUCAGACUCGCCAAAUUGUUAACGCCGUUUUGAGGAUUGUUCCUGAUGCCAACGCCGAUUUGGAUCGAUUCCAAGUUUUUUUUCUUUUUAUCAGACUUUCUUUAUAGGAACUGUUGAGAUCUCUUGCUUUGUUCACAAGAUGACUACUCAAUUCAUGUGGGGGAUGACGGUUUGGCGAGCUUUUCCUCUGGAAAGAACAACUUUCUUCACGGUGAUUUCUUGUUUUUGCAUUUCGAUUCAGAUGACUUGAAGAGUUGUUGGGAUCACCUGAUAGCGGUUUUUGUUUCAUGCAAACUCUAGUUUUCCAGUUAAUAUCGGUGAUUGUGACGUAUUCGCUUUUGCUGGUCAAGUUCAAAGAAAAUGAAAUGGUGAAGCCCAUCACCAUUUCCAUCAACGGCACGAGCAGUUCCUUCCAAUUCUGA